AUGGCGAGCGGCGAGCAUACGUUCGGAAGAAAGACAUUUCACAAGCCAACCUAUUGCCAUCACUGCUCGGAUCUGCUGUGGGGUCUCAUCGGACAGGGCUACAUCUGUGAAGUGUGCAACUUCGUGGUGCACGAGAAGUGCGUGUCCAACACCGUGACACCGUGCCUGGGCAUCGCACCGUACCUGAUCCGGAACCCGGUGGCGCACUGCUGGUCGGAGCCGUCGCACCACAAGCGAAAGUUUUGCUCCGUGUGCCGCAAGCGCCUGGACGAAACGCCCGCCGUGCACUGUCUGAUAUGCGAGUACUUUGCGCACGUCGAGUGCCAGGACUUUGCCAUACCGGACUGCAAGGAGAAUGCCACGUACGUGCCGGGGAAGGAGCUGGGCCACGUCAAACACCAGCACCACUGGCGCGAGGGCAACCUGCCACAGUCGUCCAAGUGUGCGUACUGCAAGAAGACGUGCUGGUCGUACGAAUGCCUUACAGGUUAUCGUUGUGAAUGGUGCGGCACCACGACGCACGGCGGCUGCCGGAACAACAUCCAGGCCGAGUGCACGUUCGGCACGCUGCAGCCCAUCUACCUGCCACCGCACGCCGUGUCCGUGCCGCGAACGGAAGUGCCAAUGGAAGCCAUCAUCGGGGUGCAGAACCGCAACAAGGGCACGCCCGGCAUCCAGCGAGACUAUUCGUGUCCGGAACUGUGGACGAUCGGGAUGUACGGUACGGGCAACGGCAGCACCGAGCGGUUGCUGCAGAGCGUCGAGCAAGAAGAACGGAAGCACAGCGCCGGCCAGCUGUCUCCGCCGGUGUGCUUCACGUUCUACGACGACGACGAUGACAGCGCCAGUGUCACCAGCCACCAGCACCAGAGCCAGCCAGCGCCGGAGCCACCGCAGCCAGAGCCGCAGUACCACAGCGACAACAGCUUGCUGCUGGCCGUUGGGGACGAGGGGUUGGUGCGGCCAACCCAGCGCACCCGGAACCUGAUCCAUCCGGCCCUGCGCCGCACCAAGGUGGCCUACGAUCCGGCCGGCGGUCUGGUCGUGCGUAGCCGCUCGUUCCAGGACCACUCCGAUAGCAUUCCAAAGCGGCUCGCGAAGCCGAGCUACAGUCCACGGUUUCUGGCGCGCUUCCGGUACCGGAAGAAGCACCACCACCAGGCGCCUCCAUCGCUGUUCCGGCGGUCACCGUCACCGCCGGACCACCUCGACUGCGGCACGUUCGGUGGUUCGAUCCGGGCGGCGCUAGCACCGGUGCUACCGCACGCACCUCCCACCGUCCGGCCGCUGCUAACGGUUAUCGGGGUGAACGGGGACGAGCGGGAAGCCUCGUCGUCCUCGGCUGCCUGCUCCGACUACGACCUGGUCGAACCCCGGUACCCCGGAGCCCGGCUGACGGUUGGAUCGGCGAUGGCGGCCACUGGCCGCUGGCCGCUCGACUCGAGACGGGUCGCGUCCUACGAUGACGUCAGUGAGUUUACGUUCAUCGAUGACGAUGGAUCGGACGAGGUGCAGGUGGACCAUGAACCGACCGAGACCGACGGUAGCCUGGCGCAGGUACCUCUGUUAUCGCCGCCACCACCGCUGGGCACCCGUGACGUGCCGUGCCGCCCAGCAACGUUUCACAGGGCGCACCAACAACAGCAUCACCAACACCACCACCACCACCAGCACCAUCUGCUCGGGCGGCUCCUGCGCCAGAUGCGCAAGUGCUCGAUGGGCUGGAGCAAAACUGGAUGUCGCGUCCGCCGAGCUCGCAGCAUCUCCGAGGAGAUAGCGUUGGAGAACCGCUACCGCGACGAUGAGUACGUCCCGAAGGGCGAGAGCAGCAGCUCCGGCACUCACCCGAAGCCCGAUUCUGCGCACAAACCCGACAAAGAUAAGGAUAAGAAAGAUAAGGAGAAGGAGGAACGCGAUGAAGAAACAAUCAAGGUAUUCGACGGGAACUGUUCAUAUCGAAGAAGAAUAUUUAGAGCCAUCACCGUACCUAGAACUUGCUCGCUGGAACAACUCUUGACCACCGCCUUGAGGGCCUUCCACAUAGCCAGGGAUCCGAACCUAUUUUUUCUCACCGACGUCUACGGCGACGAGGUCAGACUGCAGGAUCCCAUCCCGGUGCCAACACUGCACAGGGUGGAAGGCAAACGACCGGCCACCUACCUAAGAUUUCGCGACAAGGAGAACGAUCAUGGGUUCGUGCGCGUCUACCCGGGCAAGCUGCAGGUGGAGAACGCGUACGUGAUCGUGCCGGUCGACAACGACACCACCGUGAAGGAUCUGAUCGGUGAGUCGCUGAAGAAGUUCGGCCUGCAGAGCCACCAGAUCGAGGACUACCGCUGCUCGGAGAUCCUGCUCGACCGGGGCGUCACCGAGCGGGUGCUGUCGUGGAACGAGCGACCGUGGGAGAUCAUGAAGCAGCUCGGCAAGGACUCGAUCCGCCAGAUGGAGCUGAUGCGCUUCUACCUGCAGCUGAAGCAGGACCCGCACGGCCCGAACCUGGCCCUGUUCGUGGGUAACCUGCCGCCCGGGCUGUCGCAGCGCAACUACGAACACAUUCUGACCGAGUUCCUGGGGUUCGAAAACAAGUUCAGCAGCAUCGGGCCCAUCUACUACGAGUACGGUUCGCUCGUGAUCACCUACGAAAAUGCAUCCAAAGCGGUUCGUGCAUUCCAAGCCCUGCGCGAGUCCAAGUACGAGGAGAAGCACCUGCUGGUGCUGCUGCUGCCGAACAUCGAACCGAGCAUGGUGCCGCCCGGGGUCCAGCCGCUGCUGGUGUUCGUGAACGUCAAGUCCGGUGGCUGCCAGGGUCUAGAGCUUAUUAGUAGUUUUCGUAAAUUAUUAAAUCCAUAUCAAGUGUUUGAUUUGGAUAACGGAGGACCACUACCGGGGCUGUACGUGUUCCGUCACAUUCAAGACUACAAAAUCCUGGUGUGUGGCGGCGACGGUACGAUCGGCUGGGUGCUGCAGUGUCUGGAUAACGUGGGCCAGGACUCGGAGUGCUCUAGCCCACCGUGUGCCAUCGUUCCGCUCGGUACCGGCAACGAUCUGGCCCGCGUACUGCGCUGGGGUGCCGGCUACACCGGCGGCGAGGACCCGCUCAAUCUGCUGCGUGACGUGAUCGACGCAGAAGAGAUCCGGCUCGACCGCUGGACCGUGGUCUUCCACCCGGAGGACAAGCCGGAGGACGCGACGCCGAAAGCGCAACCCAACUCAACCGGUAAGAAGAAGAAAAUACAACAACAGCAAACCCAACAGCAACAGCAGCACCAGCAACAGCACCAGCAUCCAUCGGUGGCGAUCGUGGCCACCAACCCGGCGCAAGUUGUCGGAGGGGCACAGAGCGAGGACAAUUCGCAGAUCUUCGUGAUGAACAACUACUUCGGCAUCGGCAUCGAUGCCGACCUGUGCCUGGACUUCCACAAUGCGCGCGAGGAGAACCCGAACAAGUUCAACUCGCGGCUCCACAACAAGGGCGUGUACGUGAAGAUGGGCCUCCGGAAGAUGGUCGGCCGGAAGAUGGUGAAGGAGCUACACAAGGAGCUGCGGCUGGAGGUGGACGGGAAGGUGGUGGAGCUACCGCCCGUCGAGGGUAUCAUCAUACUGAACAUCCUCAGCUGGGGCUCCGGUGCCAAUCCGUGGGGUCCGGAGAAGGAGGACCAGUUCAGCAAACCGAACCACUGGGACGGCAUGCUGGAGGUGGUCGGUGUCACCGGUGUCGUGCACUUGGGCCAGAUACAGUCCGGGUUGCGUUCCGCCAUGCGAAUAGCCCAGGGUGGUCACAUCAAAAUUCAUCUUCAUUCCGACAUACCGGUGCAGGUCGAUGGAGAGCCGUGGGUGCAGAGCCCCGGAGACGUGGUGGUACUGAAGUCGGCCCUCAAGGCGACGAUGUUGAAGAAGAUGAAGGGCAAAAUGAAGCGACGGAACACCGAGCCGACGAUGCAGGUGAUGGGCCCGUCGGGCAUCCAGAUGACGCUGGCCGCCCCCCAGGAGCCCGACGAGGUCGACUCCAACAAUACGGAUUUUUGA